UUUUUUUUUUCUUUCUUUCUGAAAAGUUGUGAUCCAAUCUUGACUCUUAAUUAUCUCGCUUUCUUUAAGCACUAACUGCUCCUAUCAUAAAUGUUUCUGUCUGAAACUCACUCUGUGAAAUAUUUUCCUUUUUCUGAUUGGUUCUUUUUGAAUUAUAGAUAGUUUGGUCAUCUGUGUAAUUGAUCUUUCUUGUUGAACUUUCACUUUGAGAGAAUACUGAUAUUAUGUGUUCUUUUUCAAUCUUUAUCUGUUUUUCAAGCUAAAGGGUUUCAAUUUUAGUCCACAAUUUUUGUAGUGGGAAACCAAUCAAACAAGUUCUUAGAGGUAGAUUAAAUAUUGGUAGUUGCGUUCUUGUUUUUCUUUCACGGGAAAAUAAGGUGUUUGUCACAAGAAAGUUGCUUAGGAAAAAGUUGAGACUCUCAACUGUUUCAGUAACUGCUGAGUUUUUUUUUCUUCCAAGCUCAGGAGUUCUUUUGGUUUUUGUUGUUCUUCAUUUGAUUGAUUAAGUUCUGAAAGCAUUUUGUUUCAUAGAAAGUGAGAGAUUCAGUGUAAGAGUAGUUAUCGUUUGUUGAUAUUUUGAGUAUUCUUGAUUCUGUUUUCACUAUGAAUCAUUCUGGAGCAGCCUGUGAUCAGAAAGCAGCAGUUGAAGUAAUCAAAGAUAGAAAUGGAAUUGAUCAGAUUAUCCUUCGUAAUCCUCGAGGAGCUUCUGCUCGGGUUAGUUUGCAUGGGGGACAGGUUCUGUCAUGGAAGACUGAUCAAGGAGAAGAAUUGCUAUUCACUAGUAGCAAGCAGGCAAUUUUCAAGCCGCCUCAUCCAGUUCGAGGAGGAAUUCCUAUUUGUUUCCCCCAGUUUGGUAAUCGUGGAUCGCUUGAGCAACAUGGGUUUGCAAGGAAGAAAAUUUGGGUGAUUGAUGAUAAUCCACCGCCAUUGCAUCCUAAUGAGUCCAAUGGCAAAGCCUAUGUUGACUUGCUACUUAAGCCUUCUGAUGAUGAUCUUAAGAUCUGGCCACACUGCUUCGAGUUUCGUCUUAGGGUGUCUUUAGCGGCAGAUGGGAACCUGACCCUGCUAUCUCGCAUCAGGAACGUCAACUGCAAGCCACUUGCCUUCUCCAUUGCUUAUCACACAUAUUUCUCCAUCUCAGACAUCAGUGAAGUGAGGGUAGAAGGGCUGGAAACGCUCGACUAUCUUGACAACCUGUGCCAGAAAGAACGGUUUACAGAACAAGGAGAUACCUUGACAUUUGAAUCUGAGGUGGAUCGCGUUUAUCUUAGUUCUUCACAUGUGGUUGCCAUUUUCGACCAUGAAAGAAAGCGGACAUUUCUCGUAAGAAAAGAAGGACUUCCAGAUGUAGUGGUGUGGAAUCCAUGGGAGAAGAAAGCCAAGUCCAUGGUGGAUUUUGGAGAUGAGGAGUAUAAACAGAUGCUCUGUGUUGAUGGGGCAGCAAUUGAGAAGCCAAUCACCCUGAAACCUGGGGAGGAAUGGACAGGCCGUUUAGAACUCUCGGUUGUGCCUUCAAGUUGAUCACGCCGACUCCAUUUCACAUAACAGCUCUUCAAGAUUCAACACUCAUAACAAAAUGAUCUCUUGUUGAUUGGGGUACUACUUUACUUUAAUCUUUAUUUGUAAUGAUCGGGUGGUUAAAAAUCUUAAUCAACUUCUAAUAAGAUCAUCAAUGAUGAUCGUGAAUAUUUGCUCUACCAAUACCCAAGGAUGUAAAAGAAAUUUAUUUGCCAACAAAACUAUCUCUGCUUUGCUCAGCCAUGUAUAUAAAUAUUUUCUCUAAUCAAUUUGGACUCCUUUGUUUUU